AUGGAGUUAGAGCUACCUAAGGGACUGUAUGCAGAGGGUUUGGAACCUCAGGUCAAGAAGAUCAAUAAUUGCUGCCACAUGGAACUUAUCAGGGAUCUGAAGAAAGUCAUGUCUGCAGAGUACAAUGAUGUGAAGAUAGAUCCUGUUUUCAAACAUAUCAUGGCUAUUGCGGAUAACAAGCUCAGGUUUUCAGGGAAAUUGGUGGAUAGUUUCUUGUGUAAGCAGCUGAUUACCUCGAAGAUGCAUGAGAAGUGGUUUGUCUUUGCGAGGGAAAGGAUAAGGUUGAUCUACCUGUGUGUGAUAAUGGGUGUGGUGAUGGGGAGAGAUGAGAAGGUGAACAUCCCUGAUAUGUACAUCAAGUUGGUGAUGGAUCUUGACAAGCUCCGGAAGUUCCAUUGGGGUCUCCACUCGUAUGACUUCCUGCUAAGUUCCAUUGAGAAGGCUAGGAAGAAGUUGGGUAAGAAGGACAGCUACAUUUUUGAGGGUUUCUCAUAUGCUCUCCAGAUUUGGAUUAUGGAAGCAAUUCCUGAUUUUGGAGAAAUAUGUGGGAGACAAGUCUCUGGCAGCUUCGUCGGUCCAAGGUGUGGCAAUUGGAAAGGAGUUGCAAACAUUUCUUAUGAAGACAUCAUUGAGCUUGAGGACUCCUUAACUAAGAAGGGUGACUUGUUCUCGGUUAUUUCAGUGAGUGGUAAUGGUGAUAUGUUUCAGCAUGUUGACUAUACAAGGAAGGGUGAGAUGGAAGAUGAACGAGUGGACCUUCUUCUAGAUAGGAUCAGACAGAAGUUUGAUUGGAGCUCCACAGAAUGGCCAGUUUUAGAGCCAGAAGAGACUGAAAUGGAGGAAGCCGACAGCCAGGAUAGAGGGUCAGAAACUGAUAAGACUGUAGCUGAUACUGAUGUUUUAGCAGAGGAGGAGACCUCUUCGGUCACGGUUGCAAGAAAAGGCAAGAGAAAGGUUCUUGAUGAAGGAGCAGUGACAAGAAAGAAGAAGUUGCUGUGUAAACGAUUUGCAGGAAAAAAUCUUGUUUUUGGUCCUGAAACUAAGAGUUUCAUUGAGGGUCUCAUCCAGACAUCUGUCACUUCCUUGGGGGAUAAGCUCAGUACGCAAAUGGCUAAUAUGGAGAGGAUGUUUACAGAGAGGAUGGGGAAGAUGGAGAUUGAGGUUUCACAGCUCAGGGACGCAAUCAGUUUGACUGGUGAAAGACGCUAUCCUAGCAAGAAAGCAGCUGAAGAAGCUCCACUACACAGCAAAGCCAAGCAAGCUCCACCUAAGAGCAAAGCCAAUCAAGAUCCACCUAAGAGAAAAGGCGCUCAAGCUCCACCUAAGCGCAAAGGCGAUCAACCUACACCAACAAAAAAAUCACUACAAGAAAACAGGUCGUUUCCGACUACGGUAUUAGUCGGUAUUCAGUCGGAUGGGAAAAAGAUUGCUACAGAAACUAAAGAUUUUGAUUUUGGAUUGAGUACACAAGACUUUAGGGACCUGUCCCAAGCUACAUUUGUUGAGGGUUUUGAUCUGUCUCAAGUGAAAGUUGAGACCUCAAGGAAAUCAAAACCAUUGAACAUGGCUCCACUGCAGUGGAAUGAUGAGCAAAUAGAUCGAACCAAAGAAGACUCACCAGAUGCCGCGUUGGUGUUUUUCCGUGAAGAGGAUUGGGAAAAAGUUAGAACUUGGUCAACUUCCUCCACACGUCUACGGAUUGGACCUGCCACUUUAGAUUUUGAGAUUGCUAAUCGUCUUAUGGAUAAAUCUGAGUGGGUUGAUAGCUUGGAGAUUGACGCCGCAAUGUACGUAUUCCGGGAGAGAACAUCUUUGAAACGAUGGAGACCUCAUCGUGUAGCCUUCAUGACUGUCGCCUUCAGCAAUAUGAUUAAAAAAGAGUACGGUCUUUUAGAAGCUCAGGGUAGAAAGAACUACAUGCUUCAUAAUUUGCUACUGCAGUACGGUAAAGGGGUCCUUCCACCACAUGGCAGGACACAAGAGAUAUGGAAUGUAGAUGUGAAUCGGAUGUAUGUCCCUGUUCAUGUCAGUGGGAAUCAUUGGAUCACCUUGUGCAUCAGUUUCGUGACGAGGAGCAUUGAUGUGUUCGACUGCUCGGGUAGGAAAAGGUACAAAGAGUUGGAUGGGUUCGCAAACCUUAUUUCGCGUAUUGUCAAGGCAGUUCAGCCUACGAGACACCAGAAGGAUUUCGCAGUCGGUGCAUAUACUGUUUCCUAUGUCCCCGUUGGGAAACUGAAUAAAAGUGCAUGUGACUGUGGCGUCUAUGCAGUGAAGUUCAUUGAGUGCCAUGCGCUUGGAUUGGAGUUGUCGUUGUUGCAUGAUGGUAACAUUAUCAAAGCUCGCCACAGGGUUUUAUGGGAUCUUUGGGAAGCAGCUAAUGAUCCGGAAUUGAUUGACAGGAUGUCAAAGUAUCAAUCCCCAGAGUGUCUCUCUUCGACUGUAGAGGAGAUUCUGUGA